UCCGCUUAGCAUUUUUACUCCCCCAAGUAGGCAGUAGCUGCAUUUGAAGACACACACACAGACACGGCUGGUUUCACGGCAUCAAGAAAGAUCACCAGCAACAUGAUCUCGAAAAUCAUCGGCGAGAAAUACAUCUCCAUCGUAAAGACGUGGAUCCCCACCUUGGCGGUGUGGGGUGGCGUAGGGGGCGUGGCUCUGGUCCACUUUACUGACUGGAGGCUGUUUCUGGACUACGUUCCCUACAUCAACGGCAAGUUCAAGAAGGACGAGUAGAGAGCACACAAGAGCUUCCCUGGACGUGUGUGAUGUCUGCUGAGGAACUGCACACCUUCCGCCAUCCAACAAACCAACCAACCAAUCGCCAUCAAUCUUCUUUCUACAUCCAAUGACUCGACCAGAGGGACGGCUGUGACGUGUGUGUGAAACAUGCGUCGAUAUAAUUCAACAACACACAACUCCACAAUAUAAUAAUUUAAAAAGACUUUAUUGUUUUGUACUUCCUAUUUCUUGUGUGGGUGUGUGCGGUUGUCAGAAAAGAAAAACAACCUAUAUGAUGUCGAUGUAAUUUUAACUUUUUUUUUUCUCUUGUUUUUCUUUUUCUUUCUUUUGAUUUCAAAAACCAGGAAGUGUGCCCAUGGUGCGUUUCCUUUGGUUGUUGUCCAAUUAAUAAAAAGAAAACAAUGUCAACACAGUUUGACGAAAAGUUG